CCGAUAGACUCCCAGAACAUCCUCCGAAGCAUCAAAAUGAUCGGUACGAAGCGACCAGCAAUCGUCAUCUGCCACGGCUCAUACCACACGCCUGCCCCCUAUGAGCCCUUCAUCGAGCAAUUGGGCUUCCACGGCUACGAAGCCUACUGCCCUCAACGGCCGACCUGCGAUCUCAGCAAGCUCAACGUCGGCGACACGAGCAACCCAGACUUCGACCGUCCCCCACCACCGGGCGGCUACCCGAGCGACACGGAAGACGUAAAUGUCAUUCUCGAGCUGCUCGACAAGCUCAUCAACCAGGAAGGCAGACAGGUGCUGUUGGUGGCCCACUCCUCCGGCGGCUGGGUCGCAACCCAAGCGGCGAUCCCGGAGUACCACGCACGACCAUCGGAGGGCAAAACAGCCGGCAUCAUCGGGAUCUUCUACUACGGGGCGUUUCUCGUCCCCGUCGGCGAGUCCGUGUUCAGCUACUUACAGCCCAAGGACGGGACUUUCUUCGUUCCGUCCUUCUGCCGGGCUCACAAAUACGGCAAGAAGGGUCUGUUGAGUACCGCCGAAGGCGCGAAGUACAUGUUCGGCCAACUCUCCCGCGAAGACGGGGAGAAAUGGGCCGCGACGCUGACCGCAUCACCCGUCAUGACCGUAGCGCUGACGAAUGACGCCUACUCGGCUCUGCCGUGCGCAUAUCUGGUGUUGGAGGACGAUCAAAGCCUGGCGCUAGCGUACCAGGAAGCGAUGCUGCAAGCGCAGAACGAGCGACUGCGGAGCGCUGGCAAGCGCGAGAUCGUGGUCUACCGGGCGUCGACCGACCACUCGCCGCAUCUGAGCUGGACAUCAGACCUGGUCGGCACGAUCGAGGAGUUCAUGGGCCGGAUACGAGGCUGAAGAACUGCUUGUGCAGGAUGUACAGUACAUACCAACCAUCAGAGAGUAAUGCAAAGCGCCUCCCUCC